AACACUCUCGCUUCAAUCCUUAAUUCAACCCCAAAUCCCUCGUGCUCUUAUCCCUCUCCACAAAACCAACAUAAAAAAAAUACAGAAAAUGAGAGUAUUAUGUAGGCCUUCUUCUUCUUCUUCUUCUUCUGUCCUAUAAUUCAUUGAUAUUUCUUCCCAUCAAAUCAAAUAAAAAGAAAAGAAAAGCAACAGCAAUUAACGGUACUACAAAUGAAUAUAAAAGAAACCAAAAAAGAAAAACAGAAAUGAGGACACGGUGGGUAAAGUAUUGAAGAGAAACCUACAUCACUUGAACCGCAACUGAUGGAGCUGAAGAAGCAGAAGCUACUAAUCAUUUGUUGUGACUGUGAGUAGCAAAGUUUAGUUUGGAGAUGUUAGAGGAGAAGGAUGUUUGUGUAUAUGUGAAAGUGUAGACUCUGACAAUGACCCCGCCGGAGCUCCGUCACGGCCACUUCGUGUUCCUGCAACCAGCCUUCGCCGGAAAUUAACCGUCACAGCGACUUGAGGGUUGGAUGAGGUGGCUGUUUUGGUUCAAGGUUUGGUUCGAGGAACUUGACUAUACCUUGCCAAGCACAAGAAAAUGGUUGAUCAUGGAGGUGUGCCAGUAGAAGUUGGUGGUGAGGCGGGCUAUGCAGUACGUAAUGCUCGAAAAACCGAGUUGGUUGAAGCUCCUUGGAAAGAAGCCCCAACCAUGGCUCAUCUAUUUGAGCAAUCCUGUGACAAAUAUAGCCACAAUCCAUUUCUUGGAACAAGAAAGCUAAUACGAAAAGAGUUUGUUACAUCAAGUGAUGGCAGGAAGUUUGAGAAACUUCAUUUAGGAAACUAUGAAUGGGAAACCUAUGGAGAGGUAUUUUCUCGUGUGUCAAAUUUUGCAUCUGGUCUUCUUAAAUUAGGCCAUAGUGCAGAUAGCCGUGUUGCAAUUUUCUCUGAUACAAGGGCUGAGUGGCUCAUUGCCCUUCAGGGUUGCUUCAGGCAGAAUGUAACAGUUGUUACUAUUUACGCUACAUUAGGUGAGGAUGCUCUGGUCUACUCACUAAAUGAGACUGAAGUAUCUACUCUGAUCUGCGAGUCCAAGCUGUUGAAGAAGUUGGAUGCAAUAAGAUCAAGACUAACCUCUGUCCAAAAUGUUAUUUACUUUGAAGAUGAUAGCAAUGAUGAAGAUGCUUUCUCAGGAAGUUUGAGCAACUGGACAAUUGCAUCUGUUAGUGAAGUUGAGAAACUCGGGAAAGAAAGUCCGGUUCAACCAAGCUUGCCUUCCAAGAAUGAUAUUGCGGUUAUCAUGUACACAAGUGGUAGUACAGGUCUGCCAAAGGGUGUUAUGAUUACUCAUGGAAACAUUGUAGCAACAACAGCAGCAGUUAUGACAAUUAUUCCAAAUCUUGGUAGCAAGGAUGUGUACAUGGCCUACUUGCCCCUUGCUCAUGUUUUUGAAAUGGCAGCAGAGUCUGUUAUGCUAGCUGUAGGUUGUGCCAUCGGUUACAGCUCUAUUCUGACUUUGACUGACUCAUCAAGUAAAAUCAAGCAAGGAACCAAGGGAGAUGCCAAUGUGUUAAAGCCUACACUUAUGGCAGCUGUACCAGCUAUUGUUGAUCGUAUUCGAGAUGGAGUUGUAAAAAAGGUUGAGGAAAAAGGGGGGCUUGUGAAGAAUCUUUUUCAUUUUGCAUACCAGCGCCGACUGUCUGCUGUAAAAGGAAGCUGGCUUGGAGCUUGGGGAUUGGAGAAGUUGGUGUGGGAUACCAUUGUCUUUAAAAAAAUUCGUGAUGCUAUUGGAGGCCGCCUCCGUUAUAUGCUUUGUGGGGGAGCCCCUUUAUCUGGAGAUUCACAGCACUUUAUCAAUGUCUGCAUGGGGGCUAUUAUUGGGCAAGCAUAUGGCUUGACUGAAACAUUUGCAGGGGCUGCCUUCUCUGAAUGGUAUGACCGCAAGGUGGGGCGUGUUGGUCCACCUCUUCCUUGUUCCUACAUUAAGCUUGUUUCUUGGGAAGAAGGAGGGUAUCUGACAUCAGACAAACCAAUGCCACGCGGAGAGAUUGUAGUUGGGGGAUUUAGUGUGACUGCCGGUUACUUUAAGAAUCAAGAAAAAACUAAUGAAGUGUUCAAGGUUGAUGAGCAUGGUAUGCGUUGGUUUUAUACUGGGGAUAUCGGACAAUUCCAUCCUGAUGGAUGUCUUGAAAUCAUAGAUAGGAAGAAGGAUAUUGUCAAACUUCAGCAUGGAGAAUAUGUCUCUCUCGGAAAGGUUGAGGCAGCACUAUCAUCAUGUGACUAUGUGGAUAAUAUAAUGGUUUAUGCAGACCCCUUUUACGAUUACUGUGUGGCUCUAGUUGUUGUUUCAUAUCAGUCCCUGGAGAAAUGGGCCGAACAAGCUGGUAUUGAGCACAGAAAUUUUUCUGAUCUGUGUAACAAACCUGAAACUAUCACUGAGGUCCUGCAAGCUAUUUCUAAGGUCGCAAAAGCUACAAAGCUGGUGAAAUCUGAAAUUCCUGCAAAGAUUAAGUUGUUGCCAGAUCCAUGGACACCUGAAUCUGGAUUAGUCACUAAUGCUCUCAAGAUAAAGAGAGAACAACUGAAAGCUAAAUUCAAAGAUGAUCUUCUGAAGUUGUAUGCAUGAAAUAUUUAACCUUUUGUCAAUGUAUUGUUUAGUGUAAGUUAUGUAAUUUGUAUUUUCAAUAUCUGAAAGUAAUAUAGCUAAACUUGAUGCAUGUGUGUUAAUUGUUUGUAAUAUAUGGCAUAAAAAAGACACACUGCACAUUGUACUUGCCUGUGAACAUGAAUUAUGUACAUAAAGGAAAACGUGUUCCAUUAGUGGUUGUACACUUGUACAUAUGCAUUAUAUAGUCAUGCCAAGUAAUGGAUAGUUUUUUUAUGAGCAA